CAGGAUAACAGGAAGUGGGAUGGUUAUCAUGGACUGUGCAUCAAAGUGUCAGAGAGACAGAGCCCUAAAGAUUCAUGCAUUUGACGAGAUGUGUGUGAGGCAAGAAGGCUGGCUAGAUUGCGAAAGAGGACAGAGACUUUUGAGGGGGGAAUUGCCGGAAAGAGUGGAUCUAGAUUAUGUGUGUUACAGGGUGAGGGAGCUCCUCUCAGGUGUUGCUGCAGGAUGAAGAGGAGGCAGGAGAUGUGGGAAGGACGACUGUAAUGUGGAGAAAGAGCAAGCAAAGUGCCUGCACUGCAAAGGAAAUCACCAUACGGGAUCGGCACAGUGCCCAAAGAGAAUUAAGGAAGUAAAAGCAAAUAAGAUCAGAGCAGAAAAGGGAAAGUCAUACGCUGAAGCUGCUGGGAGAAUGGAGAGGAACGGUGAAAUGGUGGCAGCGCAAAAGGAAAAGGAGCAGAAAGGAGCAGAGCAUCAGUAUGGACAAGAAACGAUUUCUGGCAUUUAUUGCCAUGGUUAUAAAUUGUGCUGCUGAAAUAAAGGGGAAGUCGGAAAGCAUUAAGAUGGUGCUGGAUGCUGCAAGAAGGUUUUUAAGUGUUGUGGACACAUCUGGAGAGGAUCUAGAUGUUACGCUGAGGGAAGGAGCUGCACCAACUCUGGGUCUGGGUUGCAGAAUGGACUAAUGGCAUGGGAGCACUUUGGGUGGACGCUGUAAAUAGUUUACACUGUGAAGCUGUUACAAUCCAGCAGGUGGCGGUAAUACACACUUAUGGGUGCCAACUACCAUAAAACUCAACAGAAAAAGAAGAAGUAGGAGGAGGAGGAGAAGGAGAAGUUGUUGAAGGAGAAGUUGUUGAAGUUUUGCCUGUUGCGCAGAUAGUUUUCGCCAUCUGAAGGUGCAGGUGUACACUUGCAAUGAGUCAAUGUGAGGAGACAGAGGAGGGGGUCCACCCCUCUGAAACCCCUCUGUGUGGGCAACAUGGCAGCCAGACUGAAGCUCAGAGAGUCCCAAGGGAAAGCAAUGGCUCCCCUUCAUCCAGCGUGUCCAUCAAGAGUGAUCGGUCAAAAGCUGACAUCAUUGAUUUCAAAGAAGGACGCUCCUCUCUCAAGUCGGACUUCGUUCUUUCUUCCUCAGAAGAUGAGGAGGGCCUUCGACGUAUUUCUUCCUCAGAAGAUGAGGAGGGCCUUCGACGUAUUUCUUCCUCAGAAGAUGAGGAGGGCCUUCGACGUAUUUCUUCCUCAGAAGAUGAGGAGGGCCUUCGACGUAUUUCUUCCUCAGAAGAUGAGGAGGGCCUUCGAGAUUUCUUCCUCAGAAGAUGAGGAGGGCCUUCGACGUAUUUCUUCCUCAGAAGAUGAGGAGGGCCUUCGACGUAUUUCUUCCUCAGAAGAUGAGGAGGGCCUUCGACGUAUUUCUUCCUCAGAAGAUGAGGAGGACGUUGCGGCAGAUGAUGGUGAUCUCCCAGAGCAGCGGAGACCAGACUCUCCAGUACUCAGGAUGCCUGUGGAGAGCAGCUGGUCAACACGCAGCAGCUCUGCAUCACAGAGCAUAGACUCUUAUCCAAAAGUCGCUCUGAAACGCAAAGCUUCCACUGGAUCCAGCAGUUUGUCUGUCGAUAGUUCACAAGGUUGCAUCGAUGCAAAAGAAAAACUCUCCUCUCCUAAAAAGAGGCUGGAAAAUCCAGCCAGAACCCUUCUAUGCAGACGUUUCAGAGGACGCUAUUCAGAAAUGUGAAGCCGUUUUUUUUUCCAGUCUUCAGACUAUCUGAAAAGGGACAAGAUGACCAUCAGGAGUUUGUUGUUGGAGGCAGUGCUGCGACGGAAACAUCGUCCGGGUUCCUGAGGGCUAAAUUGGGGGCCACCUCUAUAACUUGUUUUACAAAUUGCAGAUGGGGAAUAUGGCUUGGCCUGAAAAAAUGUUUCAGUCAGAGUAUAUUUUUUAGCUUUAAUCCCUGUGUCAUACUAGAAAAAUACCAACACUAUUUUUUUUUACUGUAAUCUGUGUAUUUCUAUUCUUAUAUUUUGUUCUCUUGUGCCUUUGAUUGCCUGGUUUCUCCACUGCACUGUAACUGUAUUUCUGGUCUAUUCCAUUUGUAUUUUAUUUAAUUUUAUCUCAUUUCUAAUCAAAUUUUAUUCCAUCUUAAUUGAUUUUUAUUUUGUUUUUUAUUGCUUAUUGUUUUUUUAAUGUAAUUCUAAUGUUUUUCUUUGUCUGUAUAAAGCACCUAGCCCUGUAUUUAAAGUUAGUCUAAGGCGUUCGGGUCUGUGCUAAUGUAAAAUGCGCCUGAAUGAGGAAACUAUAUGAAACCAUAAAUGAAAGGAGCUGGUGGGACUCAUAAAAGAGGCUUGCGACUGUUACAGAGGGUGUUUUUGGGGCUUCUUGAGCUCAGUCGGUGAGGGACUCAAAUUGUUGUUAAUCUUUUCUGCAUUUUCACAACUUCCUUAAAACCAGUAUCUAAAUAAAACCAUAUAAUCCUA